AUGACUGUUGACGCGUUGCAGCAGUUGUUUUUUAGUUUGGUGGCAUUCUUUCUGUCCACGCUGGCUCUCCAUAGCGCUCGGCUCUUCACCGCCUCACCCAAAGACUACUUUUUUCUGGGAGCAUCACCAAACGCUUACAGUACCCCUGAGAUUUGGCUGACCAUAUGUGUGACCACCUGUAUUGCUGUCCUUCCCUCAAUAACAAUACGGGCCUUAGGUGUUGUGCUAGCAAACCCCAACAAACAUAAGAUCCGCAGCUCGAAUGAGCCUGUCGAGCUGAAGUCGUGGUUUCAGAGAGGUACCCUUCAGCGUCGUUCGUCCUAUGCGAUGUCCCAAGGAAAAGGUUUUGGAAAGUUAAUCACCACAGGAGUUGGGCUUCCCUCUACGGCACCCCCACAGGACAGGAGAGUUACGGCAGACAGUCUGAAGAAAGAAUCUCCACAGGGUUCACUUAUAGAAAUGAAUAGUGGUGAUGUGGCAUGCUAGCAUCUUCAGUGUGUUUUGUCAUGCGCUGAAAAUGUGAUAUAAGUAGCAAAUAUUUUAACUAAAAAAGUCCAGAAACCAAGGGAUUUUGGUGCAUUUCUAAAAAUGGAGGCCCAGAACACACCUAAUCUAAUUGAUGGUGACUAUUUUGCCAAUACUUAAUGUUAUGGGGAGGGUUUGAACAUUUUAAAAUGCAAAAAAAAAGGUUGUAAAUCUCUGAUUUUUCAUAACAUUAUGAUCAUCAUAGCACCAAAUGGUUGACAAAACGUGAAUCCCAUCAUCUUUAGUUCGU